AACUUUGAAAUAUACUCUGUAAAUGCAGUAAUACUCAUUCUUGACCACACACACGCACAGACACAUACACAUUGUUGCAGGGCUCGGAGGGUCGUGCGGUAAACGUCAUAAGCCUGUGGUAGCACUGGAGUGAGCGGAAACCCCUCCCGAAUCCCAACUCAACUCCUCCAACCCCAGUCAAAGAAAAGAGGAAUACCGAGGAAUCAGGAAACAAGGACAAAUACCACAAUACACCAUUACACAGCAGCAGUAACAAUGCAGACCUGAGAGGCACACCUCAUUGAGUGAGAGAGAGAGAGAGAGAGAGACACAGCGUGCCUUGCGAGUAAGAUGGGGUUUGGCCAGGACCUGCGCAACUCCCACGAGGGUCUGAUGAAGCUGCAGGACUGGGAGCUGAAGCUGCUGGAGACGGUGAAGCGCUUCAUGACCUUACGGGUGAAGAGCGACAAGGAAUAUGCAUCGCUCCUGCUCAACAUCAGCCAGCAGGUGGACAAGCAUGACAACUCUUCUCAGAUCAACUAUGUCAGCAAUGUCUCCAAGUCAUGGACUCACAUGGUGCAGCAGACAGAGCAGUUGAGCAAGAUUAUGAAGUGUCACGCUGAGGAGCUCAACUCGGGGCCUCUCCACCGCCUCACCAUGAUGAUCAAAGACAAGCAGCAAGUGAAGAAGAGUUACCAAAGCCUCCACCAGCAGAUCGAGUCUGAAAUGAACAAGGUAACCAAAGGUGAUCUUGAGAAGUUGAAAUGCACCUACAGGCAGUUAACUAAGGAUGCUGUUUUGGCAAGAGACAAAUAUAAGGAGGCCAUUGUAAAAGGCAAAGAGACCGAGAAAGCCCGUGAGCGCUAUGACAAAGCCACCAUGAAGCUGCAUAACCUGCACAACCAGUACGUGCUGGCAGUGAAAAGCGCGCAGCUACAUCAGGAGCACCACCAUGAGACUGCACUGCCUCUGCUGCUGGACUCCCUGCAGAAGAUGCAGGAGGAGAUGAUCAAUGCACUUAAGGGGAUUCUGGAGGAGUACAGUGAAAUCACCAGCCUAUUAACAGAUGAAAUAGUGAAGGUCCACAAAGAAAUACACACUUCCAUCGACCAAAUCGAUCCACUGUCAGAGUAUGACAACUUCAUCGAAGUUUAUAAAUCACCAGAAGACAAAGAACCAAAUGUAGAAUUUGAUGCAACGCUGUUAGACGAAACAGAGAAUCUUCAAGCAAAUGAGAUUCUGUGGAAUAAUUUGACGGCAGAGAGUUUACAAGCCAUGCUGAAGUCAACCUCAGAGGAGCUGCUCGUGACCCAGCAAAGUCUGCGCAGCAAAGAGGAACUCAUGCUGGACCUGGAGAACAAAAUAGAGGAAUCUACCAAAACCUAUGAGAAGAAAUCUGAUGUGGUGUUGUUACUCUGUCAGAAGCAGUCUCUGGAGGAGUUGAGACAGACGGUCCAGCUGCUGCGCUGCUCGGAGGCCAAACUCACGGCACAGAGAGAACUACUGGAGCAGAAGAUGCAGAAGAACGAGGGGAAAGAACCACCGCCUGUCGUCAAUUACGAAGAGGACGCCCGCUCCGUCAACUCAAUGGAUAAAAGCAAAGACAAGGUAUCAAAGUUUGACACCCUCAGACACUCCAUCGCUGGAAUCAUCCGCUCGCCCAAGUCUGUACUGGGCUCUUCAUCAUUUUUCGAUGUGAUACCCACUAGUGAGAAACCGCUGGGCGAGCAGGAGUGGUAUCAUGGUGCCAUUCCCAGGACAGAGGCCCAGGAGCUGCUGAAGCAGCAGGGAGACUUCCUGGUGCGCGAGAGCCACGGCAAACCUGGAGAAUAUGUGCUCUCUGUGUUUUCAGACGGACAGCGCAGACAUUUCAUCAUUCAGUUUGCUGAUAAUCAGUACAGAUUUGAAGGCACUGGCUUCCCCACCAUCCCACAGCUCAUAGAGCAUCAUUACACGACUAAACAAGUCAUCACCAAGAAAUCUGGGGUCGUGCUCUUGAACCCCGUCAUAAAGGAUAAGAAAUGGAUUCUCAAUCAUGAGGACGUCAUUCUUGGAGAACUCCUUGGCAAAGGAAAUUUUGGGGAGGUUUUUAAAGGAACGCUGCGAGAUAAAACCCCAGUGGCCGUGAAAACUUGUAAGGAAGAUCUACCACAAGACCUCAAGAUAAAGUUCCUCUCAGAAGCCAGGAUCCUGAAGCAGUAUGAUCACCCGAACAUUGUGAAGUUAAUAGGCGUCUGUACCCAACGGCAGCCCAUUUACAUAGUAAUGGAACUUGUAACAGGUGGGGACUUUUUAUCAUUCUUAAGAAAGAAAAAGGAGGACCUUAAGACAAAGCAACUGGUAAAGUUUGCAUUAGACGCUGCUGGAGGAAUGGCGUACCUGGAGCUAAAGAACUGCAUACACAGAGACCUGGCUGCUCGCAACUGCCUUGUGGGAGAGAACAAUGUGCUGAAGAUCAGCGAUUUUGGGAUGUCCCGACAGGAGGACGAUGGCAUCUACUCCUCAUCAGGACUGAAACAGAUCCCAAUCAAGUGGACUGCACCGGAAGCACUGAACUAUGGGAGAUACAGCUCAGAGAGUGAUGUGUGGAGUUAUGGGAUCCUCCUGUGGGAAACAUUUAGCCUAGGAGUGUGUCCUUACCCGGGCAUGACCAACCAGCAGGCUCGAGAACAGGUUGAAAAAGGUUACAGGAUGUCCUGCCCGCAGAAGUGUCCAGACGAGGUGUACAGGAUCAUGCAGCGAUGUUGGGACUACAAACCUGAGAAUCGCCCCAAAUUCGCUGACAUUCAGAAAGAACUGGCCGCGGUCAAGAAAAAAUAGCCUUUAAUGAGGAAACGGCUGGAAGGCCAAACUCAUACUUCACAUCCAGGUGAUCCCUAAUCUGCAGAGAGAAACACAACAAAUGUUUCGCCCACCAAACGACAUGCUAUUAUUGUACUAAAGAGUACUCCGUCACAUAAUCACUGUGUGAACUGCCUAUGCACCAGCUGUUUUGAGCCAUUAGCAUGGAGAGAGGUCUCAGCUUUGCUCUGAUGUCAAAAUUAUGCAGAUUUUCCUGUUUUGUUUUGUUUUUGUAACUGAGCAACAGUUAAGCUACGACAGACAGAACGUAAGAUAAAUGGGGUGUAUUCAGUAUGCCAUUGAGUAUUCCUGUGUACGCACCAGUAAAAAAGGGGGGUGGUUCACCCGAAAAUGAACAUUUUGUUAUCAUUUUCUUACCUUUAUGUCAUUCUUUCUUCUGUGGAAUGCAAAGGAAGAUAUUUAGAGUGUUUUUGUGUCCAAUCAAUGAAGGUUGGUGUGGUCAAUUGGUGUUUUGGACCCCAUUCACUUUCAUUAUAUGUACAAAACAAGUGAAACAUUUUUCAAAAUAUCUUCUUUCGUGUUCCAAAGAGGAAAGAAAGUCAUACAGGUUUGGAACGACAUGAGGGUGAGUAAAUGAUGACAGAUUUUUCAUAUUUGGGGAGCUAUCCCUUUAAAAUAUGGAGAUGAAUGUGUGAUAAAGGACUGUUUGUCCACCCCGAUAACACAAUAUCACUUUUUGUUUUUUAAAAGUCCUAAACCUGUUUGAUGGUUUGGGCAGUUUUAUAGUCAAGCCAUUUUAAUGUCAUUUUUAUAUUCCUAGAGCAAUAGGACCUUUUUGGACAAAAAAUAAAUAAAAAUUACAGAUGUUCGUCAGUCACACAAAAUAACGUGUC